GUUUACCUGGUUGAUUGGCAAACGUGUUCAAGUCAUUAAGCAAGCAAGUAAACAAAGAUCAGCUGAAAAUUAAAUCAAAAACACUUUUUAUAUAUUAGGUAAUUCUCAUUAAAAUUUAGUGAUAUUCAUAUUACAUCGAAUGUAAUUUGGCCACUUUAAUCGAGAUCACGAGCGAUCGAAAUGCAUCUCCACUUCCAUUCAACAUUUUUUUAUCUGGCUUCUGCUAUCUCAAAGUCUAAAUGAUAUUUUUUUAAUUGUAAAUGAUUUAAUAUUUUACAGUAAAAUUUGUUGGACACAAGUCCUUGAUUUUUAGACCCUACUCGGUUGACCAAGAAAAAUUGUAUCAACGUCGAUAUAUCAUUAUUAUUUUUGUUGUUACCUUGAGAGGAGUAUAUCAGCUUAACCUAUAAUUAAAAGUUUGGUAUAAAUCUACUGCUGCCCGCUGCCAUGCUCGCCCAAUCCCAAACUGUUUUCAAAUCCUAUGGAAUGAUACAAGUCACAGCUCGAACCUACAGUCCGCUGCACUUGUCUUUCAAGCACUGAACAAAGCUGUGUUAUCAGCAUAAGUUAUAGAAUUUGUUAAUUCAACAAUUUUCUCGAUGUCAUUUAUUAGCAAUAUGAACACUAGUGAACCAGGGAUAGAUCCCUGGGGAACACCGCAGUCAAGUCUUUGUUUCCAGUGACAGUCAUGCAUGUCUGUAUGAUGCGUGCUUAGUGGACGACAUCUUUCUGGAUUCAAAUUUUCAUUCAUGAAACAGUUUGUUUUCUCCCAUCUUGAAUUCCCUCACAAGUUCCUUGGCUCUGGUACCCAUGGUAGCUGUUGAUGUACUGUGUUCGACCAUUUUCGAUGGGGCUAGAGGCACUGGUAUAGGCCAUAAGUUUCAUCAAAAAACUGUUACCAGAUAUACGAGGUUUACUUUCGAAAUUUUCUUGGUUUAAGAAAAUAUGAUGUUUUUAGACCCUGGGUUACCAGCUGCAGAAGAUUGCAGGUUUUUAAAUAAUCGCAUAAUAUUUUAGUACUGCACAAUACGAAGAUAGCACUGGUAUGUUUCCAUUAUAAUUACACAUGUUAGAAUGGCAUUUAUACAGAUAAACUCUUCAUUAACACACGCAGAACAGUCGUGGAUUGUAAAACUUAAUUAGGCCUCAGAAACCGAAUGACCUUUAUAUAAUUAACAGAGGGCGGCUUUGGCGAGAAGUUGCUUGCAUGUUAAAGGACCCUCAGCGAGAAGACAGAUCGGUUUCGCUUUGGGUUGAAUGGAAUGGUUUAGAUUUUUCAACAUAUACUUACUAGGGGCAAGUGGCCCUCUAUUGUUUAAAACAAUAUGUUACUUUCUUUCUUUUUCCUUAAAAAAGCUAGGCCCCCAGGCAGAUGCAUUUAUAUCAUAUGACCCCUGUGGAGAUCCAUCAGCUCAUAUUGAAACGGGGGUUAGAGCUUUUUCCGUUAUUUCUUUCAGAGAAUUUUUUACUCUUGUCUUUGGCCAUGUAGACCCUGCCUCAUGCACAUACUGUAUUUUCUCUAAUGGACACCGCCUUCUGAUAAACCCCGCCCCCUCCCCCCCGUCCUCUGUCAAAAGCCGCAUCUUGAAAGCGGCGCUCAUUAGAAAUCAGACUAAACAAGAAAUUACGAAUAAUUUAAAUGCUUAUAAUUCGAAAACUAUGAUAGUUUUCAUGUCACAGAAGAGACGGAAGACAGCUCUGACUGAGACAUUCCUUGGCAUUUCCAUAACUUUUGAGCAUAUAUUUUGUAGAGUUCAAAACAGUUCUCGCAAUAACUUUGUUAAUUUAUAUGUUUUUGGGAAAGGAAAAUAUUGUUAUAAGUCUGUUUUUAUUUUUUCCAAUGCAGUUCUCUUUUCAUUUUCAUUUGACACACUUUCAUUUUGUAUCAAAUGAUGCCCUCUGGUAAACACCACGCAGCAUCCAAAGGUUGGGCUUUGUAUCAAUGAGGUGGGUUUUAUAUAAAUGAGGUAAGGUAUAUAAGCGUGAGAACCGCAGGAUAGGCUGUCCACCGGAUUCAGUGAAUCUUGCAGUGAAUAAAGAUACGAAGAUAAAAUUCAGGAACAAAGCAAAACAGCGAAGAGAAUCCAAUGAAAGAAAUUUUCCAACUAAAUUAAAUAAAACGAAUAAUAAUAUUUUGCCCCGGCAUACAGGGCUUCAUUAGCGUAAAAUGGUCUAUGAAGUCUGUGUCCCAGAGCAUACUAGGUGCUAUUGGUUGCCAUUGCGUGCCUAAUGGUACCUAGCUUAGCUGGGGCUAGUCCUCAUCUUUUCAUGAAUAUAGACCCCCCACUUUAUUCAAGGGGCAAAUCACUCUAAGAAAACCUCGUACACCUUUUGAAAAAAGCCUACUGUUUUAUCUGAAAAUCCUCAGAAAUCCUUGUGUUUUAGGAAAAAUCUCGUACGCUAUUUGCAAGAGUGAAUCGCCCCUCGGUCUCAUUCGUAUAUGUAGAAUUUCAACCAUGUGCAACACCACGUGAUCACUUUUUAUUCCCAAGAAGGAAGUGCAGCGGUGGUUUCACAACCAUAGCGACAAAAUUUAAAGAGAAAGGAAUGGACUGCCGUAAUCUCAGCUAAUUUUCGAGAAAACGUACGAAAAAUAUGGCUUGCGCACCCGUCAAGUACAAAAUUGGGGUUAUAGGAGACAGUGGGAUUGGAAAAACGAGCUUGAUAUCGAGAUUUGUUGAUAAUUCUUAUCCCGAGGUCUACAUAACCACGCAAGGCUACAGUUUAUCCAAAAAGACCAUAAAUAUUGAAAAACAGAAAGUAGAACUUGAAAUAUGGGACUUCUCAGGUGCAAAUGAUUUUAGAACAUUAACCUCAUAUCAUUAUGGAAUUAUUCAUGGCUUCAUGAUUUGCUACAGUGUGGAUUCAGACAAAAGCUGGAGUAAUAUUGACAACUGGAUUGAGAACAUGUGUUUAGUCAUUGGAAACAAUAGAUUUGAUCACUCAGCAAAGCUCAUCAUUGGUUUAAAAAAUGACUCUCCCAGCAAAUGUGUCCAGGAAGAAGUCGUAGUUGCUAAAUGUCAGAGCCUCAGAAACACAGACAUAAUCUUGACAAGUGCAAAACAAAACAGAUUUGUGCACCAGGCCUUUUCUAACCUUACAAAAAGAAUAUAUGAUCAACAUUUCCCAAGUACAAAUCAAAAUUUAACAGCAGACAGAAGAGGUCCAAGAAUAUGUCCAAUUUUUUAACAUUUCAACGUAUUCAAUAAUCAAAUUUUACUCAUUUUAGCUAAAGAUAAAAUGUAGGAUGGAAGAUCAUAUGUAGACCUUUUUUUAAUUACUGUGUUGUAUUUUAUGGUAGCAUGUAUAGUAAAACACAAUUCA